AUGCGUUUCGCUACUACAGCGGCUGGAGUCGCUCUAUUGACACUUGUGGGCGCUCAGUCAAAUAACAACACCACUUCAAGCAGCGCAUCAACCAGUGGUGGAGGAGUCACGUCGACUGCGACAGCCACUGCCCUCGAGACUGGUUCCAGCGCACCGGCGUUCUCAUUCGAUCCAAGUCCAUCUCAAGAUCUUCCCUCCACGUCCGCCCCAUCUAGCACGAACCAGCCAUCGUUCACUUUCGAUCCGGCGUCCACGACAACAGAGCAGCCAUCGUUCGUAUUCGUUCCUCCAGGCUCGAGUUCGAGUGAAGAACCUACGUUCGAAUUUGUUCCAUCGACUGUCGCGGAACAGUCUACUUUGCCAACUGCGCCGCCGAAUACGCCCGAGCAGCCACCUCCAGUGUCCACGCCAUCGAAGACAGAAGAGCAGCCAGUGGUAGUGCCUGCGCCUUCACCAACUACUGAGCAGCCGACCUUUGUCUUUGUACCUUCCCCAACAGGAGAGCCAUCGUUUGUCUUCGAUCCUUCUACUGGCGCUGAUGCGUCCAAGACACCGGAGCCGCCCAUCGUGGCACACCCAGACACUGCGACGCCCCCCGCUGCAGUGAUACCGGCGCCGCCAGCAGAGACGGUCGAUACUGUUCGAACACCGAUCAGUGCCCCGUCAGCCGGUUCGCCUGCCCCGAACAGCGGAGUAGCACCUCCUCCUGAGCCCGCUCCCGCCCCGAUUGCGAACACGCCGCAGCCUCCCGCGACACCUGGCCAGGGAGCGACUGUCGGACAAGAACAAGCACCUGCUGCGCCCCCGGCUGCACCUCCCGCUGCUCCCUCCGCCGCUGACAGUCAUCCUCCGCCAUACGCUGUGCCUGGAACUCCACCAGCUGCUCCAGCUCCAGCUCCAGCCCCUGCUGCUGCUGUGCCUGCGCCCGCAGCACCCUUGCCUCCACCUAACAACGAAACAGCCCCAGCGUAUGAAGCUCAGCCAGUACCAAUGGAGCCUACGACCUUGCUCACAUCAUCUUCGAUUCCUGUAGCGCCAGUACAGACUGAAAUCCCAGCGCCAGCUGCACAGUCUGACGUAUCAUCUCCAUCAGCUGCACUGCCAGUCCCAGCAGCGGCUUCUAUGCCGCAGCCUUCUGAGGUCGUCUAUCCGGUAACAGCGACUCAGUCUGCUCAUUCACAAGAGGAAAGCUCGGCAGCGGACGCUUUGACUUAUGACGGACGCACUGUGAGUCUGGUCGGUAUCACUUUGGCAGCGGAGCCAACGAUGAGUACGAGUUCUGCUGCGAGCGAUAGCACAAGGACUGCUGUCUCAGAAACAUCCGGUGCGGUUGAUCAGAAUGGCGCGAGUGCCAUGCGUAGUGGACUGGGUAUCAUUGGCGCGAUGGGUUUUGGGCUUUGUGUAGGAAUUGUGAUCAUGGCAUAA